AUGGGGCAGGAGGGCACUGCUGUGAACUGGCGAGAUGGGUGUCAAGGGCGUGGGGGCACACCAGCCUCCGGCCACCCCUUCGACGCUGAGCGCCCGCCACGGGUGGACGUGGAGGAGAGCAGUCAUGGCGAGCAGAGGAAGCUGCGGUGGGGGCAGAGCGCGUGGUCCCGCAGGGCACUGAACUGUGGCACGCAGCCCUUCCAGCUCAGUGACUACUGUACGGCGUGUCAGGGCUGCCGCCAGCCCCCUAAUCAGUGUGGGAUACUCCGGGGGCGCUUCUACGCCAAACCCCACCAGUGCGUGGCCAUCCCUGCCGACCUGCGGCUCUGCCACAGCGUGGGCUACGACAAGAUGGUGCUGCCCAACCUGCUGGACCACGAGACCAUGGCCGAGGUGAAGCACCAGGCGAGCAGCUGGGUGCCGCUGCUCAACAAGAACUGCCACAUGGGCACCCAGGUCUUCCUCUGCUCCCUCUUUGCCCCUGUCUGCCUGGACCGGCCGGUCUACCCGUGCCGCUGGCUCUGCGAGGCCGUGCGCGACUCCUGCGAGCCCGUCAUGCAGUUCUUUGGCUUCUUCUGGCCCGAGAUGCUCAAGUGUGACCAGUUUCCCCAGGACGAUGUCUGCAUUGCUAUGACGGCUCCCAACGCCACCGAGGUCUCCAGGCCCAAAGGAACAACCGUGUGUCCCCCUUGCGACAACGAGAUGAAGUCGGAAGCCAUCGUGGAGCACCUGUGUGCCAGCGAGUUUGCUCUUAAGAUGACCAUAAAGGAAGUGAAGAAGGAGAACGGGGACAAGAUGAUCGUCCCACGGAAGAGGAAGGCACUGAAGCUGGGGCCCAUCCGGAAGAAGAACCUGAAGAAGCUGGUGCUGUUCCUAAAGAACGGGGCCGACUGCCCCUGCCAUCAGCUGGACAACCUCGGCCACUACUUCCUUAUCAUGGGCCGCCAGGUGAAGACCCAGUACCUGCUGACGGCCAUCUACAAGUGGGACAAGAAGAACAAGGAGUUCAAGAAGUUCAUGAAGAAGAUGAAGUCUCCCGACUGCCCGACAUUUCCGUCCGUCUUUAAGUGA